GCUGCUCCCGGCAGCACUAAGGACACGAGCUGUCAAUACUCUGCCCGGACCUUGUACCCAGUGUGUGCAGGAGAGGCACCAGGUCUGGCCAUCAGUAGAACAACCCCCUGUAUGGUGACGCCUGCGGACUGCGCCGAGUGGACAGACGGAGGGAGCUGUUGUGCUCCGGACAGCGGUGGUUUGGACGGUCCGGCCAGUUGAUCAGCGGUGCUCCAGACUUUGGUCAGCGGGGGUCCGAGGAUGUUUAGCGGAGCGGCCGCGCUGCUACUAGCCCUGGCCCUGGUGGAGGUGGCGGUGGCGAGCGGAGACACGGAGCGGCCUCAGGACGCGGAGCGCUGGCAGCGCCAGGCCGCCGUGUUCGCCGAUCUCAGCGUGUCCGAGCUGCUGUCCGUCACCGCCUUCCUCCACUCGCAGCCGGAGUUGAGGCUGUCUCCGGCCGCGGCCCCGACUCUGCGCAAGAACCACAUCUACCUGGUGGAGCUGCUGCCGCCGCGCAAGCGGGACGCGCUCCGCUUCUUCCACAGCCACUUGUGCCCGCCUCGCCGCCGCGCCCGGGUCCUGCUCUCCUUCGGCGCCGAGUCCCGGCCCAAUGUCACCGAGUAUGUGGUGGGUCCGCUGCCCAAGCCCCGCUACUACUACCCGCUGCACACCGCUCGGCCCGUCCGCUUCUCUGCCCGCCCCGUCACCAUGCUGGAGUACAGGCUGAUGUUGCACCGCUUGUCCGAGCUGACCAGCGCCGCCACGCCGUUCCUCCACCACAUCGCCGGAGCCACAUUCAGCAACUGCAGCCGCCGAUACCUCACCUUCACGGACGUGGCGCCCCGGGGCCGCAGCUCUGGUGAGCGCAGAUCCUGGCUCAUCGUCCAGCGGAACGUGGAGGGAUUCUACCUCCACCCCACCGGCCUGGAGCUCCUACUCGACCACAGCGACGUGGAGCCGGCCCGCUGGACGCUGGAGAAACUCUGGUACAACGGACACUACUUUGACAGCGUGGAGCAGCUGGUGGCGAGCGCCGGGCGAGGCGAGUUGCCCAUCGUCCCGUUGCCCGAGGACGGCCCAGAUCUCCUCUUCUCCGGCUACAUCCCCCUUGGCCCCCCACACAUGCCCCUUGACCGGCCCGGCCCGCGGCUCUCGCAACCGGCCGGCCGCCGCUACUGGGUCGGGGGCAACGCCGUGAUGUACGCGGGCUGGAGCUUCGCCUACCGGGUGGCGAGCGGCGCCGGGGUCCAGCUGUGGGACGUGCGCUUCGCCGGCGAACCUGUGGCCCAUGAAGUGAGUGUCCAGGAGGCGGCCUCGUUAUACGGCGGCCACUCUCCGGCCACGGCGCAGACCAAGUACCUCGACCGCGGCUGGGUGAUGGGAGCCAUGGGCUACGAGCUGGUCCCCGGCAUCGACUGCCCACACACCGCCUCCUUCCACCACCUCUUCCACCAGGUCGACUCUGACCGCCCGGCGAGGCACCGCAACGCGUUGUGCAUCUUCGAGCAACCGAGCGGGGUGCCUCUACGCCGCCACUACAACCACGACCUGCCCGGCGGACACAGCCUCUACGGCGGGCUGGAGGGACAGGUCCUGGUGCUCCGGACCAUCUCCACCGUCUUCAACUACGACUACAUCUGGGACUUCCUCUUCCACCCCAACGGCGUCCUGGAGGCCAAGAUCCACGCCUCCGGCUACCUCCACGCCUCCUUCUACACCCCCGCCGGCCUGCGCUACGGAUCCCGCAUCCAGCAGCACCUCCUCGGCAACCUGCACACGCACCUGGUGCAUUACCGUGUAGACAUGGACGUGGCCGGCACCGGUAACAGCUUCGAGACGCUGGACAUAAGGCUGGAGAACAUUAGCCACCCUUGGGUGCCGGGCGAGCGCUUGGUACAGCCGCGGCUGCAGCGGGUGCCCAGGCCCCGGGAGCGAUCGGCCGCCUUCACCUUCCACAAGUCGCUGCCCCGCUACCUGCUCGUCUACAGCCCGGGGCAGCAGAACGAAUGGGGCCACCAUCGGGCCUACCGCAUCCAACUACACUCGCAGGCCGGCCUGGCGCUGCCGCGCGAUGGCCGGGAGGAGGAGGGACUCACCUGGGCCAGGUACCCGGUGGCGGUGACCCGGUUCCGGGAGGACGAGAGCAGCAGCAGCAGCAUCUUCCUGCAGAACGACAUGUGGGAGCCCAACGUCCGCUUCCAGGACUUUCUCUGUAACAACGAGAACAUCACCGACCAGGACCUGGUGGUGUGGGUGACGGUCGGUUUCCUGCACAUCCCCCACGCCGAGGACGUUCCCAACACCAGCACCCCCGGUAACGCCGCGGGUUUCAUGCUGCGACCCUUCAACUUCUUCAACCACGACCCGUCCGCCAAUUCGCGGGACGUGGUGAUCUUGUGGCCGCAGCCUGGCACCACGGCUGGGGUCAGAGUGGAGCCGCGGCCGUGGCCCAUCAGCCCGCAAUGCCCGCUGCUCGCCCCCUUCUCUUACAACGGCUCCUACCACCCCGACUGAUCCCCCCCACCCCCCGUCUGACCAUCCCCCCGUGAACCCCUACCCCUCAA